AUGAUCACUACCCUACAGUGCUUUACUUUAGACCAGAGUCCUCUGGGUCCAUCUAGUGGAGACAUCCUGCCACUGCACCCUGUUAGGAGGAGUCCUCUGAGUCCAUCUAGUGGCGACAUCCUGCCACUGCACCGGUUAGGAGGGAGUCCUCUGAGUCCAUCUAGUGGAGACAUCCUGUCACUGCACCCUGUGUAUAAAGUAUGUGGUCGUCCCAGUAGACAGCCUGCCCAGUCAGUCAGCGACCAGCAGGACGGAGAGUCCAUCCCUCUCAAAGCCUUCAUCAGAGAAACAGGAAACAGCCUGGCUACCAGGAGGAAAGAGUUCCUGAACAGUCUGCGUUUGUACCGUACCUUCUACGGUGGCCUGGCGAACCAGCUGUGUGUGAACCAGCUGGCCUCCGCCGAUGGACUGGCCUGCUGGAACGGAGCCGACGUUGUCAAGAGGUACGUGACCCCCCCCCCGCCCGCAGCACCAUGGAGCUAUUAUGAAGUUUAA